UUCUGUUUAAGUAUAUUUAAAGAGAAUGAUCUCCAUUGCAUAAAGUGCUACCAAUGGCAGUCUUUGAUUUUUGUCAUCACGCUUCCAUGCAGAGUUUAUUGGGGUUUUGUUUAGUGGUUGUAAUCUUGUUUUUAAAAUGUUUUUUUAUGUUUUAAAUAUGGCUUUUGUGUUACUGUCAGUGUAUCACACUCAUUGUUACCAUCUCAGGAGAUGUCUUUCUUAACAUUUAAGUAACAGUAGUAAUGAAGUGCCUACAGCAUUUGGGUUGUUGUGGAGUGUUUGGUCUUCAUCUUUUCUAUUUCUCUGAAGACAUUCUUCCUAAGAUAAUUCCUUCUUACAUACGGUAAUCAUUUACUACUUAUUUUUCUCUGCCAGAAUUUGGUCACAGGUUCCAUCUGCUAAAAUGUCUUCACUUUUUUUUUCUAAUCCCACCAGAGAAGUUUUUCCUUUAUUUUACUUGGGUUUAUGGGUCUAUAUGGACAACAGCAGAGUAAUUUUCACCCUGCUUUCUGUUCUCAUGUCACAUACGUGUCACUAAGAGCUGAGAAUCAUAACUGCAGAAGAAUCUCCUUAAUGUUGUUCUCCUCUGUUUAAUAAAUGCUGGGUAGAUUUGGACAAUUUCAGCAAAUCUAGCAGGAGUCUUCUCAGAAGUGACUGGAAUAACAAAUACGUGUGAAGAUGAUAUUGCUUCACUUGGAUUUUUUUUUAAGUGACCUUGUUUACAGGAGCAUUGUAUGUUGUUGCAGCAUACGUUCUAUAGAAAUCAAGAAAGAUUCUAAUUAAUAGAGCAGAAUUCUUUUUGAAGCUGUAAAUGUGCCUUUCUUGUGCAGAUAGCAUAAACAUUGUGUGUUUUCUUGUUUGCUUUGAUGUCAUCAAUCACAUGGUGGUGUAGGCUGUUACCAGCCAGUCAUACAACUUACCUGAGUUUGGGCAUUUUGCUAAAGACUCUGCUGAAGUUUAGGACGUGAAAUUAGGGGUUGUUUUUUUUUUUAACCUCCUUUCUUUUUGGUUCUGAGGCCAUUACAAACGUGUUGCUGGGGACACCUUUUUCAGAACAAUCGCUCACUGAAUUUGAUUAUUGAUUAUUUCCUCUAAUUUUUUUAGUCUUCCUUACUCUGUUAGUUGCAUCAUUCAGCCCUUUAUGUAACCUGCUCCUGCCCCAUGCACGCAUACAGCUGGCAGAAUUAGACAUGCGAAGCAGGCAAGGGUGUCGAACACUCUGCUGUGGAGUACACAGCUUUCUCACACGUGCAGUUUGCAAUGGAUGAUUCUUUCAAUCACAAAUAGGAAAGCACUCACUUCUGUAAUGUCAUUUUGUAGAGAAUAAGCGUGAGUUACAUGUCAAAUGGAUUCAACGCAGACAGGAUUAAGUAGAUAAAAGCAAAUUUAUACUUAUGAUAGUAGAGUGACUGAAAGCAGCCAAGAGGGGCUUACCAGUUUUUGUAAGGAUUUUGAGAAGUGCUUGUUGUUACUUGAUGUUAAGCAUCUGGGAUUCAACCCUUCAACUUUCUCCAAUUACAAAAGUGGAAAAAAAAAGAAGAAAAGGAAACUCUCUUUGAGUAGUUUCUCCCCAGUUUUACUGGAAAAAUCACGGAACUACUUCACCUGUAAUACUUAUGUCUAAAAACUGUUUUCAGAGGCCAAAUCACAAGACUCCACAGCAGAAGAGGACCUAACAGAUGCCAUACAGGAACUUUUUCUUUCAGAUAAAGAUGGGGCACAGACUUCCUGGUGGGUAGCCCAGUGAGUGUAGUCCAGUGGAUUUUGGCUUCACUUGGUUAUAAUUAGCUUUGUGCUUUUGUUGAUGCUGCCUCAGACAUGCACUACUGCCACCUUGUCUCCUUGUCAUCCUGCCACUUGUCAUCAUAAGAGAAGCUCAGCAGGAAAGUAAAGAGAGGCCACAGUAUCAUAUGGAAUGUCUUGGCAACAUUUGGCCAGUCAUUUGAAGUGUGUUUUUCCUAUUUUUGUGGGUAGGAAAUGAGCUCACAACUCCAUGCUGCUUCAUAUGUAGGGAUCAUUAUUUUUAGAGCAGCGGCAGAUCUGAGCCUCUGCGUGUAAUCCGCUUUCUGUUCCUUCAGAUGGAGUGGCAUGAGGCAUCAAGGUCUGCAGGAAUAUCUAUGGAGCUCAGAGUUGUUGCUGAUGAGUAACUUGAAUUUGGAAGUGAGGCAGCUCAGAGCUCUGAGUGGUAUGAAAAUGAGAAGCUCAGGGACUGAUAGCAUUCAGUAUGUCAAGAGCAAGGGUGGCAAGAGGCUUCUCUUAACUGUGGCUGGUGUGCUGCUGGGUUUGGACUGUGCUGUUUAUGUUACAGAUGGCAAUCAUUGCAUGUUCUCAGCAGCCAGCAUCUGCCUACGGAGGGGAUUGUGGCCUAACAUCUGAAGUUAUCAGGGUCCAUUCUGAGAAACAGCAGCUGAACUGAGUCUGUUUGGUGCUGCCAGUGAGGUCUGUGUAGGGUGUCAUCCUUCAGCUAUAGAUAGCAAACUCAAGCUCCUUACAGAGAAACCUCUUACCAGUCACUUUCCACAAAUGGUGCAUGUACCCAAAGGUACUUAGUGAAAAUCCUUGAGAGGUAUUUAAUGCAAAAGCAGUUAGUCUCUCUGGUGCAUUUGAGAAACGUGCACGCGCCACUAGCAGGAAGGAGUGCAGGGCAGUCGCAGCUCAGCUCUUGGGCCAGUUACUGAUUUUGUCUAGCCAGGCUCUGCCACCCCAAGAGCUUGCCAAGAUGUGUGACAUGGGGGGGCUCGACAACCUGAUUGCCAACACAGCCUAUCUGCAGGCCAGGAAGAGUGGAGAAGGAGAUACCAAGGAGAUGCAGAAGAGACGUAAGAGCCUCUCACUGCCCAAGAUUGAUCAGUGUGGAGAGGUUAGGCAGUCCAUUGCUGCUGACUACGAGAGCAUCUGUGAACAGCAGCCCAUUGGCAAGAGAUUCUUCAGAGACUUCUUAGAGACAGUUCCAGAAAAUUUGGUAGCUAGGGAUUUCUUGGAUGAGGUGUCAAACUGGGAGUUGGCAGAGGACAACAUCAAGAGCAGUACCAUGGAGAAUAUUAUCACCAACUUUCUUAAGACAGGCUCCAAAAAUUAUUUGUCUUUCAUGAGCUCUGACUUGGUCAGCAAAUGCCAGGCAGCCACUCAGAAGGACUAUGAGAGUGUUAUACAGCUGGCUAGAGAUGAAACCAAACUCUUCCUUCAAGGCAAGCCCUUCCAGGACUUCCAGACUAGCCCCUUCUAUGACAAAUUCCUCCAAUGGAAAGUUUUUGAAAAGCAGCCAGUAACUGAGAAAUACUUCUAUGAGUUCCGAGUGCUGGGCAAAGGUGGCUUCGGAGAGGUUUGUGCCAUUCAGGUGAAAAAUACUGGCAAGAUGUAUGCCUGCAAAAAACUAGAUAAGAAAAGACUGAAAAAGAAAAGUGGAGAGAAGAUGGCGCUACUGGAGAAAGAAAUCCUGGAGAAAGUCAACAGCCCUUUCAUAGUCACAUUAGCUUAUGCCUAUGAGAGCAAAACUCAUCUGUGUCUUGUCAUGAGCCUCAUGAAUGGAGGUGAUCUGAAAUAUCACAUCUACAAUGUAGGACAAAGGGGUUUAGAAUUGAACAGGGUCAUUUAUUACUCAGCUCAGAUCACCUGUGGGAUUCUGCAUCUUCAUUCCAUCAAGAUCAUUUACCGGGACAUGAAACCGGAAAACGUCCUCCUGGAUGAUAACGGAAACUGCAGACUGUCUGAUCUUGGAUUGGCAGUGCAAGUCAAAGAGGGAAAAUCCAUCACUCAGAGGGCUGGGACAAAUGGUUAUAUGGCUCCAGAAAUCCUGAAGGAAGAAAGUUACAGCUAUCCUGUGGACUGGUUUGCUAUGGGAUGUAGUAUUUAUGAGAUGAUUGCUGGGCGAACACCAUUCAAGAAUUUCAAAGAAAAGGUCGAUAAGGAUGAGGUUAAACGAAGAACUCUGGAAGAUGAGGUGAAAUUUGAACAUGCCAACUUUACAGAGGAAACAAAAGAUAUUUGCCGACUGUUUUUGGCUAAGAAACCAGAGAAUCGUUUAGGAAGCAGAAAUGAAGAUGAUGACCCAAGAAAACAUAGCUUCUUCAAAACAAUAAAUUUCCACAGGCUAGAGGCGAACCUUAUUGACCCUCCAUUUGUGCCAGAUCCAUCAGUUGUCUAUGCCAAAGAUGUUGCAGACAUUGCUGAUUUCUCUGAAAUACGAGGAAUUGAGUUUGAUGACAAAGACAAGAAGUUCUUCAAAAAAUUUGCGACUGGUGCUGUCCCUAUACCCUGGCAGGAAGAAAUCAUUGAAACUGGACUGUUUGAAGAACUGAACGAUCCUAACAGGGUAGAUUCUGGCGGAUAUGCAAAUGGAGGUGAAGCUAAGUCAGGAGUUUGUUUGUUGUUGUAAAUAUCAGAUUGUUACCAAAAAGAUUAGAAACAACUGCAGAACUUUCCGUAUUCUGACACUGCUUCAGAAAUUCAGUGCAUCUGUUUAAGAAGAACUAAUCAGUGUAAUAUGGCAUUGACAGGCUAUGUAGACCACAAGCUGUAUUGACCGUAUUAUUUUCCUUUGUCCUAGCAAGGGAGGUAAUACUUUCGUUUUACUGGAGACUUAAUCAAGAUGGACUGUAUUUCUCUAAGGAACUUAGAAUGAUAGAAAUCCUGAAAUACAAAAAGCAGUCAUAGAGUGAAGAGGCAUCUCCUUUGCAGUGUUACUGACUCUACCAUUUUGAAUACAAUAAUUUAUUGACUUUCUGUCUAUUUCCUUGUCGUUUCUAUUAAUGUUUCCUCUUUGUUCUACAGUUUUCAGGAUAUACUUUAUAAUUUUCGGGUAAUAUUAGACAACAAAGACUAGGUCAAACUUGGAUGCUUAUUGGUGAGGUAGUCUGUCUUGUUUUCCUAAUUUCUGUUAGAGUUUUGGUUGGUUUGAUUGCCAUUGAAUGUAAAAGAAGGCUUUACAGGUGGCUGUAAAAUAGGACCUUCAGAAUCAAAUUUUUUCAAAGCUGAUUUUAACAGAGUGAAGAGAAGCAUGCCCCAAUUUAAUUGAAUAAAACGUUUGUUAGGCAUAUUAUGUAUUUAUAAGUGAAUAUCCAUUCUUUUUGACAGUCAGUUUCAACCUUUUAUUAGAUCUCCUGAUAAUAAUUCUGUAUUUCGCUGAUAAAUUAAACUAUGAAUAGAUCAAAGCAA